GGGGGCCGCGGGGGCCGCGCCCCGAGGUGAACGGGAGCGCGCAGAGGGGCCCCGCCGACGCCCAGAGCUGCGGCCCAGACCCGGGAAAAGGAGCAGCAGCAGGAAACCUCCCAUCGCUGGACAGUGCCAAGGAGGGGCCGGUCGGUGUUGACCUCUGAUGACCUCUGACCCCGACCCCUGCUGGGAAAAUCUCCCCUGCUUAAAAAGGCUGCCAGUGCCUUCAUUUGUCUCUGACCUUCAGAACUGAAAUAAGCUGCCGGUGACCAGCAGAACCUAAAGGACUAAGAGAGAACCUCAUGAUAAACUCUCCUGCAGUUCUAUAAUUCUCUUCAAUUACUUUGCCUUGAGGCUAAAGGGAUUUAAUAAGAAGAGCUGAUGUUGUGAGCCCUCUCUGAGGGCUUUGCCUGUGUUGACUACGUUACUACCGACAUCCGUCCCUCCAGGAGCCGUCAAUUAGUACCCUGCUUGUACCCAGACCGGAACCCUUUGAAGGCAGAUUUUCCAGAAGACACCCAUUGGCCUAGUGUUACUUAUUCCCAGGAAUCUGAAUUACAAGUUGUGCAGGUUUGGCAUCAGAAUUUUGCUGGUCACAUAAAAUGAACUGAGAAGGAUUUCUUUCUCUUCUGUCUGCUGAAAGAGUUUGUUUCCAAAUUUACUUCCGGUGUGAUUUUCCUUCUGCCUCCAAGCAUUCCUCUAGCAUUUCUUUAGUGCUAUUCUGUUGGAAGUUGAUUCUCUAAACUUUGGUGGAGGUGCUCAGAACAGAUUCCAGAACUGCUACCGGGUAGAACUGUGGCCUGAGAACUCUCCCCCGGCCUCCUACCCCGCAAGGCCCUCCACAGUGCCCACCUGCCCACCUGCGGGGGCCAGGGGCUGGGCCGCCCCGUCGUCUGCACGCAUCUGUGCGUCUGCGAGUGAAGGCGCGUCCUCCUGUCUGCCUGCAUGUGUGCGUGUGCGUGUGUGUGUGUGUGUGCGCGCGCGCGCGCACGAGCGGGUGGGCGUCUCUUCUUUUGGGGGUCCCAUGGCCCUGGAUCUGGCUGUCCGUAGGUCUCGCUGUGGACAGCUGUUUGAGCCUCAGUCUCUGCUUGGCCCCUUCCUGUUCAACAGCGAUUUCUAGGGUGUAACCUCACCCCUGUGACGAGAUGAAACAGGCCUCCCUGUAGACCCCGUCUCCCCAUGGUCCCCACCUCCCCAUAGACCCCGCCUCUCCAUAGACCCUGCCUACCCGUAGACCCCGCCUUCCUGUGACCCCCUUAGACCCCGCCUCUCCAUAGACUCCACCUCCCCAUAGACCCCUUCUCUCCAUAGACCCCGCCUCCUGGUAAACCCCGCUUCUCCAUAGACCCCCGCUUCCCCAUAAACCCCGCCUCUCUGUAGAUCCCGCCUACCUGUGCCACCUCUUAGACCCCACUUCUCCAUAGACUCUGCUUCCUGGUAGACCCUGCCUCUCUGUAGACCCUCCGUGCUUGACAGCCGCUUCCCUGUAGCUCUCUUCUGAGGGUUCCGACUCUGCACCCCUGUGUGGCCUGCAGCUCCGCCCUGGAGCAGGGGGUGAGGGGCAGGAACCCAGGUCAUGGGCACCUCCUGUGUAAAGGGGCUGCGUCGGGUCCUCGUCAGUCCCUCAGCCCCUCCAGCUGCCCCUCAGCGCCUCCCGGGGCUCAGACGGGCCUUGCCGUGAGGGCCCACGUCCCGCCUGCUUCGGGAUCCCCCAGCCAGGGGGACCCAGCCCUCCCGGGGCCGCCUCCAGGGCUGCAGUGGCUCUGGGGAUCCUCCGCUCCCAGACACCUGCUCUCAGGUGGGAGACAGUGCCCGAGUCCAGCCCCUGAAGCCUCCUCUCCGGCCUCCCUGCCUCCCUUUCCCCACUCCUCUCUCCUCACGGCCUCCAGGUUUUCUGAGGCACGAAGCCAACUGGGUCACUGUCCCACCCAACCUUCUCAGAGGGUCCCACAACCUUCACACUGAGCCCACACCCACUGCUUGCAGACCUCCACCAGGCGCUCGGUGCCCCGGGCCGGGCACGCUGCAGGUUCCCCCCCACCCCCGGCUCUCCAGUCUCCUGCUCUCCUUUCCUGAAGGCCUUCCCGUCUCUCCCCUCGGGCUUGCCCCAGCCCUCCCCCAAAGUCAGCCCGAGCAUCACCUCCUCCGGGAAGGCCCCUCAGCCUGGCAGCUCACAGCAGGGGUGCAAGCGGCCUGGACAGGGUGUGGCGGUGGGGGUCGGGGGGCCGAGGGUGGCACCCAUGAUCAGAACAAUUGGCAUCACCCACCUUCUCCAGCACCCACAGGGCUCCAGGCUUGUGCUGGGGGAUAGAGGGGCUGUCCUGCAGAUGGGCUGCACCCCAGCAGCCUCGCACGACCCCAGACCCAGCUCUCCCGGCCCCAUCCACAACCCUGGAGCUGGGCACCUGCUCUGCCAUGGGUGCUGACACCGACGAGGAGCAAAGAACAAAUGCAUUUCCCUCCAGCUGCUUCUCCCUGCGGCGUCCCUGCAGCUCCGCUUCUCGGGGGACAUCGGGGAAGGUGCCAGGAAAGGGUCAGUGGGUGCGGAGGGGUCCUGGUUAUGGGUCCUUUCCUGGCUCUGAGGCCCCGGGGCCUGGAAUCUGGAACACACACACGUGCAUGUGCACACCCUGCCCCAUGCUCACACACGUGCACACACAGUACCCACAGUCAUGCCCAGUCCCACUCACAUUCACACAUGCAUACUCAUGUACUCACACACGCACAUACACAGCCACACACACACUCAUACACACGAGUUCUCACACACACAUGUGCACGUGCACACUCUGCCCCAUGCUCACGCACGUGCACACACAGUACCCACAUUCAUGCCCAGUCACACUCACAUUCACACAUGCACACUCGUGUACUCACACACGCACAUACACAGCCACACACACACUCAUACACAUGAGUUCUCACACACACAUGUGCACGUGCACACUCUGCCCCAUGCUCACGCACGUGCACACACAGUACCCACAUUCAUGCCCAGUCCCACUCACAUUCACACAUGCACACUUGUGUACUCACACAUGCACAUACACAGCCACACACACACUCAUACACACGAGUUCUCACACACACAUGUGCACGUGCACACUCUGCCCCAUGCUCACGCACGUGCACACACAGUACCCACAUUCAUGCCCAGUCACACUCACAUUCACACAUGCACACUCGUGUACUCACACACGCACAUACACAGCCACACACACACUCAUACACAUGAGUUCUCACACACACACGUGCAUGUGCACACCCUGCCCCAUGCUCACACACGUGCACACACAGUACCCACAUUCAUGCCCAGUCCCACUCACAUUCACACAUGCACACUUGUGUACUCACACAUGCACAUACACAGCCACACACACACUCAUACACACGAGUUCUCACACACACAUGUGCACGUGCACACUCUGCCCCAUGCUCACGCACGUGCACACACAGUACCCACAUUCAUGCCCAGUCACACUCACAUUCACACAUGCACACUCGUGUACUCACACAUGCACAUACACAGCCACACACACACUCAUACACACGAGUUCUCACACACACAUGUGCACGUGCACACUCUGCCCCAUGCUCACGCACGUGCACACACAGUACCCACAUUCAUGCCCAGUCACACUCACAUUCACACAUGCACACUCGUGUACUCACGCAUGCACAUACACAGCCACACACACACUCAUUCUCACACACAUGCGUGUUCUCAUGCACAUUCCCCACACUCUCACACUCACACACACACAUGCAUGCACACACAUUCUCACACACAUACACUCACAGGCAUGCACACUCAUACACAUGCAUUCACAUAUGCAUCCUCAUGUAUUCACACACACAAAUGUGAACUCACACCACAGUCGCUCACACACCCACACACUCACACUUGUGUCUGACACAGGCGGAGGUACCGGCAGAAAGGAACCCUCACCUUUAUCCCUCAGAUGCCAAAGCAAGCUUUCUAACGAAAAUCUGACCAUCUCGUCGCUCCUGCCUUCAGGACAGAGCUCAGGCUCUCCGCUCUCACCAUCCAGCACUUUAAAUUCAGAGCUUCAGCUGUGCUGGCGUCUUUACAAACUUGCUGCCCAUUUUCUCGCCCCGGGCUUUGCACGUCUGCCCCCACCACCACCACCACCACUUCCAGGACUCCCUGUGCUUCUGCACGCAGCCUGCAGGCCACCUCUUCCAAGAAGGCUCCUUGGGUUGGGACUUUUGCCUUCUCUGCACUCCCUGCCCUCUGGACUGGACGUGCGUCCAUCACACCCCGAGGGGAAGUGCUCUCUGGGUUUGUCUGACCCCUGUCUCGUCAGGCACGUGGUUUCCAGGUCUCUGUAGCCACCACUCCUUGGGUCGCGGGUGCUCCCCACUGCUGGGUGGAUUGUGAUCUGCAUCUGCUCCCAGGCCCUGUGUGCCAGGCUCGGCGCUGAGCUCCCUCCCAAGAAGCAUCAGUCCAGCAACCAAAGUAUUCGAGGGGAAUCCUGACCUCCACUGGCAGCUUUGGAAACCAGCGUAUUGGGGGAUCCUCUGCAGAAGCCCCAGCUCUUCGUCCCCCAGGUCCUUUCACUCUGCAGCUCUGCAGCCUCCUGGUCAUCCCAACCCUUGCACAAAGGCCCCCUGGCCCUGUCACAGGCGCUUUCUCUCCCUGACAGCCCCCCUCUUUCCUGGCUCUUUAUUAUGUAGCUAGACUUGGCCUCUCUGCCUUCUUUUUUGUUUCUUUUCUGUUUUGCCCAUUCUCCGUAUUUCUCCACAACAAAGCGGAGCCCUGGAACCUGCCCAGCCUGUUAGAAUCCUCUCCCCUUCCCUCUCUCUCUGGAGCCCUCGCUCUUUGUGCCCCUUCUCCCACAUCUGCAUCACAAAAAGCUUGCAAUCCAGCUGGCCGCUAGAGAGCUCUCCUUGGGGAAAGCAAAGGGGCAAAGCUGAGCCAACAGGUCAAAAUUCUCUGUCUUCCUCCGAGGCAGGGACGGAGGCGGGGACAUUCACACGGAAAUAGAUCAUAUUCCCAUCUGAACCCAUGAAACCUCUUUACCAGCUUCCUUUUAACCUUCCACUGUGGCCCCGCAGACCAUUCUCAAAUGAGGGGACUGUGUCUGGGGCAGGGCUGGUAAAGCCACUCUAAGGAAGGAGUGUGGCUGGGGCCCCACACAGCCUGCCCUUGUCAAAUCCCACACCGCACCCCCCAUCCCAGGCUCCAUCCGUGCCGUCACGAAAGCUCGUCCAAGCAGCUUGUCAAACAGCCCACAGCCAAGGGAGAGCCGGUUGGGAGUCGCCGGGGGUAGUUGCUAAAGUGUCUUGAUUUGUUUUCCCAAGCAGAUUAGAUAUGACUCCCCACAAACAUUGCUUGUACAGUUGUGUUACACAUCUUGAUUAGUUGAGCUGUUUAGAAAAGUGGUGCAGAGCUAAAUUCAAGAGAAUUCAAGAGCACAGCUUGGCGGGGAGAGCUAGGCUCCAGCACCCCCACCCUCACCCCCAGAAGCUGUCCAGGCUGGGCAGGCAGCAGGGACCUGGGAGCAGGGAGGGAAAGUGCUCUUAGUCCCUGGGGGGCUUGGGGUGGCACCAGGAACUGGAGCGACACACAAGCCUCAGGGACCAGGUGCAGCUGGGCACACAGAAGACGUCCCCUCCCAGGAGCUGGACCCAUGUUUUAAGGCCCCUUACUACUUGAGUUUCAGGGACAAGAUUUUUUUUUCCUCCUUCAGUGCAUGUGCUGUGGGAGAGAAGGGGAGGCUGAGGAUUUUAAACGUUUUAGGAAAAUUUUCUCAUGCAACUGCAAUGCUGCAAGACUUAGAAGAAAUCCCCGGGCCAGAGCCAAAAUACCCAAAGAAAGAACAUCCUCCUUACCACCCCCACCCCAGUCCCCUCCAAUCGUUCUCUCAUCCACUGCCUGGAACCUCACAGUGUCCCCAGGGGAUUUGGGGGCUCGCUGGCCUCCCUCAGCCCAGACCCCUGAGCCCUUUGAUUCUCCCAGCCAGCUGUGCUGUGUGUUUCUGCAGCAAAGGGAGAGUGGAGAGGCGAGAGGGGACCGGAAGGGAUCCUGUGAUACUUGGAUUUUUGUGGAUUUCUCUCCGAGUCAGCUGAACCCCAUGGCCUGGAGGCAGGUGUGAUCUCUCACCUUUCCUAAGAGUCUCCAAUUAAAUGGCCUCGGUCUCUCCCGGGUCAUUUCCGGACUGGAAGGGCCCACGGCUCAAGAUGGAGCAUGGGGUGGGGGGAGCGGAAGGUUCUAGGCCAACAGGAAGA